AUGUUUCCAACUACACUUUCAGGAUCCACUAGAACUGACUUCCAAAAUCCCAUACACUGGGCUAAUGCAGAACGCUCAACAGAUGCAACUGCACGUGGCAUAAUAAAGGGACAAUUUAAGACACAAUCAGGAGAACUCUCUGAGACUGAUACAGAAUACUUAUCUGAUGAUUUCAGAAGAAUUAUAAUAAAGGGGGAAGUCAAGACACAAUCAAUGCACCAAGCUGGAGCUAAUGCAGAACACUCAAUAGAUGCAACUGCACGUGGCAUAAUAAAGGGACAACUUAAGAAACAAUCAAUGGAGCUCCCUGCAUCUGAUACAGAAUACUUACCGAGCAAUUUCAGAAGAGAUAAAAUAAAGGGGGAAACCAAGAAACAAUCGUUGCACCAAGCUGAUACUAAUGCAGAACGUUCAACAGAUGCAUUUGCACAUGGCAUAAUAAAGGAACAACUCAAGACACACUCAAUGAAACGCUUUGAGGCUGAUACAGAACAAAUACUGAAUGCUCCUGGAAGAGGUCUAAUAAAGGGGAAAGUCAAGACACAAUCAAAGAGGCAUGCUAAGACUGAUACGGAACAUUUGACAGAUACUGUUGGAAACGAAAAAAUAAUUGCUGAAAUCAGGGAACAACUUAGGAGUUAUGCUGGUGUGAAUUUCUUUAAAAACAGAGAUAUGUCCACACAUCAAGAAGAUUUUUUUACAAGUCCUACUACACCAACUAAAUUGUCAUCAAACGUCAUCAAUUUUUCACCCUAUAACAAUCAAGGUAUGAAUUUAUUUAAAAACAAAAAUAUGUCCUCAUAUCAUCAAAAAGGUUUCUCCACCAGGCCCAUCACAUCAACUAAAUUCCCAACAAAAGUGAUCAAUUUAUCACCCUUUGACAAGCAAGGCGAAACUUAUGAAGACUUUUCACCCCAUAUGACUGAAAGUUCAAAAGCAUUUAAUACAAGACCUAGGGCUAAGUCAAGCAUUUAUAAAGGCAUCCGUUUUCCUUCACUGAAAAAAGAAUCUCCAGUGCAUCCAAAAAAAUCAAUCUCAAAGAAAAAAGAUGUUGAAGUGACAAAUACUCUGCCUGCUGUGAUCUCUAAACCAAGGAAAUCUAUCUACAAAGUGGAACUAAAGUCUAGGUCUCUGGAGUUUGCUGCAGUGACUGUGGGAGGGAAUUGGAGGGAACGUAGUAGCCACUUGGACUCUGGGAUAACAGGGUGCAGAGGUGGCUUGGGCUCAGGGAGCAGGAUGCAGUAUCAUCACGGUCUGGGAAUGGUAGGUCGAAGUAUUCCCUCUGGCCUGAGGGAUCAGUCACAGAGAACAACAGUAUGUCCAGGGGAUGGUCUGUUAAAGCUAAGUGUCAGGACACACAGGAUGGAGUAUGGAGCAGCAGCAACUUGGUCUAGUGAUGGCAAGUCAAAGACACAACCUAGGACCUGGAGCAGUGGCAACUCCUCUGGUCCCAUAGAUGAUAAGAUGCUGUGGCUUCCAAAUCUCAGAAAAUGUGGUGCAGCAGCUUCUGGUGACCCCGAGGACAGGUCUCAUCACAGCCACAAUUCCAGCCCUGAAUAG